CGCUUUCAUGUGUUCCAGUCGCAUCCGCGGAUCCAGGUAAAACUUAAAGUCAUAAAGUCGAUCAACCAACGACGACAGUCUGGCUCUCGAUUCCUUGAAAUUCACCAGUCGAAAACGAAACCAGCAACCAUGAGUUCUUCAAACGAAUCAUCCACGGGCCCUCGAAACUCGUUGACGCCACCGAGUAUGCCAACGAUGAACACGAUGUCUGCCGCCGACUUCAAGACGAUUCGCAAACGCAACCGAGUGCCGUUGUCAUGCAACUUUUGCCGUCAGCGGAAACUGAAGUGUAACCGCAGCCAUCCGUGCGAGAAUUGCGUGAAGCGAGGGGAGGAAUCCAUGUGUGUCUAUCUGGUGGCCAGCAAUUCCUCGCAUUCGACAUCACAGGCUUCGACUUCACAAGCACUGUCACCCCAAGUAUUUGCUAGUUCUGUGAAUGGAAAGAAACCCGCAGGAGCGGAGUUACAAAAUCGUCUGGACAAGCUAGAGAGUCUGGUGUUGGGUCUAAUGAACACUACCGCGGGCGAGUCAGAAAGCCCCGAAGAAGCAUACGCGGACGAUUCCGCCUCGCCAUCGACCAACGACCACAACAGCAAUAACGGAUCAACACACAGACGGCCUAAAAUUCGAUCCAACAAGUCCACCGGCGAGCUUGCGCCUGAUGUAGACGCCGUGCGUGAGUCGCUGGGUAUGAUGAAGUUGGAUAAGAAGGGCAAAGCUAUGUAUCACGGUGAGACGCAUUGGGGUGCGCUGCUGAAUGAGCUGAGUGAAGUGAAAGCACUUUUUGAGAAGAGCAAGCAAAUCGCCGUCGACUAUCCAUUCCAGAAAUCCUUCAGAGGCGACGAGAAUGAAACAGACGGGCGAAUGCCGAACGGGUUUCCUUUCAGCAAUGUGCGUGGGAUUGAGCGGGUUGAUAUAAUGGAGCUGUUACCGGACAAGUCUGUGUGCGAUAGUCUCGUUUUGCGGUAUUUUGACAGCUUUGAUCCUGUGUACAGGGUUAUUCAUAGACCGUCGUUUCAGCAAGAGUAUUCAGAUUUUUGGCUCGAUCCGGACUCGGCAGAUAUUGUUUGGAUAGGGAUGUUAUUCAGCAUGCUGUCGAUAGCACUCCAGUCUUAUCGGCCGGGUGACGCACCGGCGGCGUUUCAAGGGCGUGAGAUAAAAACCUGGAUGGGAUGGCAUCAGGCUGCAGAGAUGUGUCUUGUUGAGGGGAAGUUCAUGAUCAAGGGUAGUAUAUCAAUCAUCCGAGCUUUAAUACUGUGGCUCAUGGCUGAGACGAGGGUUACGCUUGCUGGAUGCUGGAUGGACCGGACGUGGGUUUCAGUGGGGAUGAUUAUAAGGAUAGCGCAGUCUAUGGGCCUGCAUCGUGAUCCAAAGUGGUUUAAUAUUUCACCGUUUGAAGCCGAGAUCCGACGAAAGAUGUGGAGCAUCGUGACUUCGCUGGAUAUAUUGUUUUCAAUAAACGAGGGGCUUCCGCUUACGAUCCGAGCCGGUGAACAUGACGUGCGAAUGCCACUGAAUCUGAACGACGAAGACAUUUCACCGUCGAUUGAAGAAGUGCCGCGUUCGCGACCGUUUGAUAACGAGACAAACAGCUCUUAUUUGUUGUGCUCUACAAAGAUGUCGAAUGUGUUGUGCAGGAUUGUGUCUGGCACGUUUUCGCUUCGGCCGCGGCCGGGGUACGACACGAUUCUAGCGCACGAUGCGGAGCUGCGAGCGACGUUUGCAAGUUUCCCCGAAUACCUUCGGAUUCCGCCCGAGGCCUCAAGUCCGACGGAUCCGCCGUACAUGAUUAUGCAGCGGCUGAUGCUCGAUCUGCAGUACCGCAAGUCGCUGAUUGUACUGCACCGGCCGUUUGCAGCGCGGGCGCAGAUCACGAAUAAGUUUCGGCGAAGCAAAGAGGAGUGCAUGGAUGCGUCGCUGCAGAUUCUGCGGCGGCAGAACUGGCUGUAUCAUUCGCCGGCGGCACGGGACACGCUGAGUACGUUUUCGUGGUUUACGGACGGGUUGAUGCUGAAUCAUUUCUUCCACGCGUGUAUCAUGUUGAGCGUGGAGCUGAUGUCGAAUAUGGACGACAUGUCAACGUUCCAACGGCAGAUGGUGCGGGAUGCGGUAGACGCGUCGCGGCAGAUUCUGGGCCAGGUUGGACGAUGGGAUAUGUCAGCUGCGAAGAAGCACGGGCUGAUUGAAGGGUUGCUGGAGCGGUUCUACGAGGUUGAGAAGCUGACGCCGGAGGCACGGGCGAAGCUGCGAAGCGAGGCGUUGGAGCGGCAGCGCAAGCACCAGGAGGCGUAUCCGCUUGAUUUGCCGGGAGUUUCCGAGACGACGAUCAACGUUGAUGUUUCGCAGGUUGGGUUUGAUUCGCAUGCGUCGCUUGUGCAGCAGACGCUGAAGGAGAACAACGAGAAGGAGUUCAGCUCAGCGGAGCCGCUUCCGGCGACGGUGUUUGAGAUCGAGGCCGAGCAGGAGGGACAAGGGUCGAUGCAGAUCGAUUCGAUGACGUACGAGAAUUUCUUGCCGGAGGAGGACGAGAUCUAUAUGGAUGCGCCGUUCCGGGUGAGGAAGCUGCCGGGAGCGUCGUGGGUGCAGCAGAUGUAUGGAGCCGAACAGCGACAGCAGCAAGAGCAGCAGCAACGGCAAGAGCAGCAACAACAAGAGCAGCAACAAGAACAACAAAAACAGCAACAGCAGCAGCAACAGCAGCAACAGCAGCAACAGCAGCAUAGACCAUCUCUACAAGCACAGGCAGAUACGACACCAGAGACAGGCUCGACAGCGUCACUUGCGACCCCGAUAUUUGGGACCGAGGCCGGGGUCGCGGCCAGUCUUCCGAAUGGGAGUGGGAGCGGGCUGGGUGGUGCAGGUGCGGUUGGGAGUGGGGCUCGAGCGAACGCGAACGGAAGCAUUGGACUCGUGCCGGAAGGUACGAACGGGUCGCCGAACGGGAUGCCGGCGGGGAUGUUUUUGCCAAACGACCUGGGUAUAUUAAGUAAUGCGGGCGCGAUGAUGAUGACGCAGAAUCCAGGGAACGACGUGCCGCAGGGGGUGAACUGGAUGGAGUGGGACAUGUAUAUACACGGGAUGGUGAUGAACAACAUGAACGGCGGGCCGACGAUGGGGACGCUAGCGGAGGGCGGGUUGCUGAGUGCGGCGAUGCCAGAGGGGUCGGCUGCGGUAGGAGCUGUGGGCGGGCAGGCGGUUGCGCCGGCCGGGGGCCUGAACCCGCUGCUGCAGUGGGAUGCGGUGCAGCAUCACCCGGGGUUGGCGACGGAGGCGAGUCUGAUGGACACGACGGGGAGCGCGAGCGCGAGCACGCCGGGGGGUACGAUUGUGUUUGACAAUGGACAUGCCAACUUUUGACGUGCGGGAGAGAAGUUUAAUAGUGAUGGAUAGCGAAAAGGAAGGAAGGAAGGAAGGAUACGAGGUACGGAGUAGGAUAGUUAUUAGACGGAUGAUUUGUUUUUGUUUAAUAGUAAUAUAGUAAUAAGAUGAUAAUGACAAGAUACAGAAGCAAAGAAGACCAGAGGCUAGGCCGUGGCCCA